AUGAAGACGUUGGAACUCCUGGUUGCAGUAUCAUUGUUCCAUACGAUAUCCGAGGACUUCUUCCCCCAGCUGUACACAAUAGGCACACAUUACCAGAUAGGUCACACUGUGUAUUACAGUGGGUUCUUGGACACCAUGAAGAAAUAUUACAGUGGGUACUUGGACACCGUGAAGAAAGUGUUUCCUGAUUACGUCAGUGAGUUGACUGGCCUGGCAGACGGAGCAGGGGUCAGCUUCACUCAGGCCUUUUCUUUGAUGAUCUCACCUGAAAUAAAGGCAGUACUGGACAUGGAGGCGGCCCAGGCCUGCAGUGAUGUGUACGUGGUGGACCAACAGAUUGCCCUCGGUCACAAUGAAGACUCACCAGAGCCGGCUUUGAUAGGGAGAGUGUUUAUGGUGCAUGCAACUAUAGUGGAUCACAGUGGCAGCGUAUUGGAGAAAUUCUCGUCACUUAAUAUUCCAGCUCGUUACUUCAUUAACAGAGCUGUGCUGGGCGUGACGUCACAGAGGGAUCUUGAGAACCUGCUGCAGGGUCUGGGUGUCGGAGCGGCAUAUGGUUUCAAGUAA